AUGUCCGAUUGGAACAAGGAUCAGUGGGGAGUACAACAGGGACGGGGGUAUCCGCCGUUCUAUGCACAUGGUGGGGAGCCAAAGCCAGGACACUCUCAACCAUAUGCGCAACCAGUCGUUCAGCCGCAGUACGAUCCACAAGCAUUCGGAAACCAAAAAUCUCCAUUCGAUGACGGUCGGUUUCAACCGAAGAAGCGGGUCAAUGAUAUUUUCUUUCUGAUCCUUUUCAUUCUGCAGUUUGCAGGGUUCGUUGCGCUUUCAGGGAUUGCUCUCUCAGAAUACGUGUCGGGUAAUGGGCUUGGAGGUGGUGUAGGAAAUGGCUCUCAGGUCGGCUCGUCGGUGACCCUCAAUCGACAUACGGUCUAUCUUCUGCUGUUUGUCACCGCAGCAGCUCUUGUCCUGUCUAUGGCCUACCUGAUGCUCGCACGCCUCUUUACACGGGCCUUGAUGCACAUUACUCUCAUUCUGUCUAUCAUACUUAACAUCGGCAUUUGCAUCUAUUACUGGACUACUGGCUACUAUUCUGGUGCCAUCAUAUUCACUAUCAUUGCUUUAUUCUCGAUCUUUGCCUAUUUUGGCUUUAGGUCCCGCAUUCCGCUAGCAUCCCUCCUCCUGCAAGUAGUAAUAGAUGUCUCCAAGCACCACAAGAGCGUCUAUGUUGUUGCCUUCAUCGCCUUGAUCUUGCAAGCUGCCCUGAGUGUGUGGUUUUCAUAUACACUGAUUGCGAUGCAAGUUUACACGAAAUGGACACCUGGCAAUCCAAGUUGCGAUAACGGAACAUCUUGUUCUGGGAGCACUGUAGCAGGCCUAGUAUUCUACGCAGUAUUCUCAUAUCUCUGGACAUCUCAAGUCAUUGGUAACGUCGCCUUAGCCACUCUUGCUGGUGGAGCGUAUGGAAGUUGGUAUUACUUCGGGCCUCGAGAGCAAGGACAAAUGCCAAAGCAUCCGACCCUCAGCGCUUUUGGACGUGCUUCGACGCUCUCUCUUGGGUCAAUAGCAUUCGGAUCCCUUAUUGUCACUAUUCUGGAAGUCGUCCGCCUCAUUUUGAACGCUGCGAGGAACAACGCAAAUGCGCAAGGGAGUUUUGUGGAGGCGUGUCUUGCAUGCUGCGCAGAGUUCUUCGUUGGAUGUAUUGAAGGAAUGGUAAGGUACUUCAAUAGAUAUGCCUACAUCGAAAUUGCACUCUAUGGAAAGCCCUACAUUCGAGCAGCGAAAGACACUUGGACUAUGUUCAUGGAUCGUGGGAUUGAUGCGCUUGUCAACGAUUCUUUAGUUGGCAUGACUUUGAUGUGGGGAGCGUAUGUCAUCGGGCUUCUAUGCUCACUCUUUGGGUAUCUAUACCUGCGCCUGACGCACCCCGCCUACAACGCCGAUGGGCAAUACACAGCACCGGUAGUCUUGUUUGCAUUCCUCAUUGGAUUGCAAUGUUCAUUGACAAUGUCAACUGCCAUCGAGGCUGGUGUAUCUACUAUCUUCGUAGGUCUCGGUGAAGAUCCGCAGAUAUUAGCUACGCGCGCACCUGACCUAUUUGGGCUUAUUGCUCUUACCUAUCCUCGUGUUGUUCAGGGGGUACCAAGGGUCUGA